GCGAGAGAGAGAGGUGCGGGAUUCCAUGAAGUAUCGUGGCAUCCGGAAUAACAGAGAUGUGGGAGUUGGCGUGCCGAAGGAUGCAGGAUAUUUUGGACAGGGAGGGGGCGGACGGCGGCGGCGAGGACGAUGAGAUGGGCACAGGGGCAGAGGGCGAGGGACCGACGGAGGGCGGCGAGGGCGAGGAUGCCCAAGUACAGGGCCCUCACGAAACAUCUGCAGAAUAUGCCCAGCAGCCCAGGGGCAUGAAGCCUGCUUUGCCCCAGUACAAGCGCAUAGUAGGCAGUGGCAUACAGGAGGAGCGUGCGUACAUAGCUGAUAAGCUACGUGACAUACGCGAGCAGAUGCAACACACAGCGGCUACCAUCCUCACGGAUGGGAGGAAGUCCCUGAACUCAGAGCCCAUCGUGAACUUCCUGGCAGCAGGACAGUCGAGUGCCUUCCUUUUCACGACAGUGCGCAGGGAAGGGGUUGACGCAGAGAUGUCAGACGUCGUCUUGCAGCGCUGGAAGAAGGUGUUUGAGAAGUUCGACGCGAAAAACAUCAACGCCAUCUACACAGACUCUGCAUCAGUUUAUGUUGCCGCCGGUCGAGCGCUUUGCAACGAUCCCGAUCCAGAUAUUUGCCGCAUCCCUUGGCUCCCUUGUUUUGUCCAUUGCUACAACUUGAUGUUGUCAGACAUGGUCAAGGACAAAACAUGGGCCAUCGAGUUGUUGACCAGGGAGAGGGCAGUUGUCCGAUUCAUUAGAUCUCACGGAUCGGCUCUCCCGUUGUUCAGGAUUUACAGUGUCAAGGCCGAUUGCGAUACACGGGUGGACCGUGUGGGUGGCAGUGCCGCCGCCGGAGAGGGGACAGCAGGCAGAGCACGAUGCGGCCGAGAGUUGUUGUACCCUUGCCAGACGCGAUUCGCCUCUAUGCACAUCAUGAUGGAGAGGUUGCUCGGCCGCAGGGUUGCACUUGAGACGAUGAUGUUGGAGGGGGAGUGGACUCGACUUCCAUGGGAGAGGAAGUUGCUCGGGCAGGACGGGUGGGUGCGCACGCAGGUGCGAUGCGGGCUAUUUUGGGAGGAGAUGGAUGAUCUCAUCGAUGUCUUCAUCCUGGUCGUGCAGUUGUUGAGGAGGUUGGACCAAGGGGGGUUGGUGAUCUCUUGCAUCUUCUGGUGGGUGACCCAGUUGGCCGAGGAGAUUCGAAAGUUGGAGUCGACGAGACCUCGCCUGGUUGGCAUGCUGCAGGAGUGUUACGCCCGUGCAUGCCAUCUGCUACAGCCCGCCCAUGCUGCCGCCUAUCUUCUCAAUCCCAAGAGGCGGAACUUUGUUUACUUCCAGUCUUCGGACUGCACCGAUCAACAGAAGAAGGUGGCGCAGAUGACACUCGAGUACAUCUACACACAGACGCGCUUCGACCGACGGGGGGAGAGGUACAUGUUGGUCCGUCAGCGUUCUCAUAUCGAGUUGUACGGCAAGGAGAUCGAGUAUGAUCCCCCCACGGACCCGCAGGCGGCAGACGAGAUGGAGGCAGAGGCGUGGAUGGACCCGGAGGACUUGGAGCAGGGAGGCAGUGACACACCUGAUGCUGGGCGCAAGCAGACACAGGUUGUGCGAUCGUCGAGCGAGGACGAUGGAGGUGACGAUGGAGGUGACGAUGGAGAUGUCGCCGAUGAUGAGGACUCCGGCGACGAGAGAGAGGGAGAUGGACAGCACCUUCGAGAUGGGGGUGAGCAUGGGUUCGGCAGCGGCGACGGUGGUGGGCCGUUUGAGGACGGGGCGGGGGGCACCUCCUUUGUUACUCCUGGCCCUGGUGCAGUGGGCGCGGGGGUGUUAGCGGCGGGCAGGGAUUUGGUUUGGAGGUACCGCAGGGAUCGAUUCCCUCUGGCAUUUUCAGGGACGACUUCGACGUUGGACGUGUACCCACUUCAAAUGCCCGCACGGUGGGAGGCUGCUACAACGUCACGCGAGACAGAGGAGGGCAGGAAUGGUGACGACGUCAUGCCUGUGUCGCCGGUUCGAGAUGUUGCCAGAAGGCUAGACAUGAACCCCAAGGACGUGCUUGAGGAGGAGCAUUUAAGACGGAUGGUAUCGGGGUGUGCCACGACACAGCGGCUUUUGUUGGAGCAGGACACGACCAGGGCGAGGGAGAUGGGGUGUACUGUGGAGGAGGUCACUGCCGCGAGAUUAGCAGCAGGGUGUACACACGAUGGUUCUGCAAAUGUUGUAGAUGGUGGCGGAUUCUGCACGGAGGAACACGUGGUCGAUCGUGCAUACGGGGAUAAGAAGGAUGUCGGGGUAGGGUUGGACACAGGGGGGUUGCUUGGGUGCGAUGGCACGAAGGUGGAGGGGCAGGUGGAUAGAGCACUUGUCGGCGUUGCCGCAAUGAAGGACGUGGUCGCAGAUCACCCUCAGGAUGGUCAUGUCGCGGUGGAUGAUGUGGUUGCACAUCGCAACGAGGAGGAGCGACAGGUGGACCCCGAGGACGUUGUUGCAGCCACCGUUGAGGCACACGCGCCCACCAUGUCCCCACGUGAGCGCCACACUGCUGGGAUUGAUCCAGUGAUGGGCAGGAGCAGACAUUUAUCGAAGAGGCUUUGGAAGGCUGUGCCUCCAUCUUCUUUCGUGCCUGUUAGUCCGCCAGUACCCUCGGGGGUAUCGGGGGAUAUUGGGAGGUCUAUGGAGAUGGCCGACUUGUUCGAGCAAUUGACAGGUCAGAGGGUUAUUGAGUUGGGAGGGGUAUCAUGGGGAGCAGGGUCAGUCGCUGCAGGGACACGACCGACAUGUGCAGGGGCUUUGAGUGGACGUGGAGGCGAGUCUGGUGGCAGUGUUGUUGGCGGCGAAUGCGGUCCCACAGUUAUCGGCGGACGCUUGGGCCUUUCGGGCGGGAGUGUUGGUGAAGGAGAGGGUGCUGCUGCAGCGGCGACGGCAGGAGGGCGCAGGCAUGUGCAGGGUUCUCCAUCACCUCCCUCGAAGGCGAAGGGGAAGUCCGUAUCAUGGAGCGGCAUCAACAGGGUCACCCGCAAACUCAAGGAUGCUAUGCCUGGGGUUACGCGUGAGAGGAGGAAUCGUGGGGGGAGGUUGACAGAGAUGCUUGCGGACGCAGCAGGCUGGGUACGGAAGGGAGAUAGGUUGGAGCAUCCUGGUGCCGGGUCGUUCGUGUGUUGCUGUGCGACCGGGCGACAAGAUGGUUGCACCACUGUCACGACCGCCCACAGCAGGUGCGGAACAACGAGAUGGUCAGCGACGUCCGAAAGGGUGACCUUCCACACGUGCUUUGCCGGGUGGCCGACUCCCCCCCGCAUUGCUAGCGGAUGCCCCUGAUCCUGUCACAUUGCAGACCAGCCGUGGAGCUUGUCUUUGGACAGCACACAGGAUACUGAAUGAAGAGCUUCGGCGUCA